AUGGAGUCAAUUGGAUUGCAGAGAAGACUGGAUUUGCCAAAUUCUUCUCCAUGUUUAGAAUCUUUGGGCAGGAAUGAACAUGCUCCCAAAGGGAAUGGUGAUAUUCCUGACAAAUACUGGACAUCUAAAAAGAAAGAUUCUUUGACUUCGGAACUGACAAAGAAGUUCAAUGAAAAGGAUCCUUUCCUUCAUCAAGAUGAGACCCUUUAUGGGACGAGAUCACCUGCCACUGGUGUUGAGUAUCGGAAUGGAUUGCCUAAUAUAAAUCCCAACCCAACAUCUAGUUUUGAGUCUGGGGUUGUCAUUCCUGCAGCCAUUAGUUUGAAACCUUUGGUAGAUAACAAGAUGGAGGAACCUAAGAACUUCCAACAUGACAAAACCCCUAUCAAUAUUCUUGUCACGAGCCAAAGAACUGCCAAUGAUCAGGAUUGUGCUUUGACAGGGACUGCAAAUGGUGAACAAGGACAGGAUGUUUCAGGGGCCAGGAAUUCUGAAGUUGCAGGAUUAUUUCCAAGUACUAGACAGCAUUCUCGUAAUGAAAAUUCUUUAGCAGAUCUCAUCUCAGGGUUGUCCGAUGGCCCAAACUACCAUGCAUGA